AUCAAACACUCUGAUGUCUGUCUGGUAAGUAUUGCUUGGCAGCUGUUGAUAAGAUCUAUCUUCAAUCUUUUCAAAUAACUGCCAAAUAUCACAAGUCAGACCUCAGGUCGUAUGAUCCAUACCAUAAAUCGUUCACAAUUCAUGUGGCCAUUAGUAUCUGUAAAUGCUAGAGAAAAACGAGAAAUAUGAAUUCUUUGGUUUUUCAAAGGCGAAAUCUGUUUGCAUAACAACAAAUAUUAUUGCAUGUUUAUUUUAACAUCGGUUCAAUUGACCCCAUUAAACUAAUUGUAUUUGUAUUGUUAUCAAUGGUGGUUUACUAUUUACUAGGAAAACAUUAGAAAAAUCAUUGUUCAUCUUUUUCUUGUCGUAACAUCCUCACUUGGCUAAACCUGCUUUUCAGCUAGUUUUCUAUAAGUACUUCCUCAGUUAUUCAUUGAGAGCUUCCUCUGCCAACACGGCUUGACGUCUGUCAGUCGUUGAAGUUUUAGCGAAUAACAUUCGAUAUCCGAAACAUCUACUGUACUCAAAUUUAAAACGAAAACUAUAAAAAAAUAUGUCAAGUGAUUUUGUAUUUGAUUAUACAAACAUAAUCCAAGCAACAAUAAUAUUUAUUGUUAUUUAUAUGUUACGAAUUGUUUUUAAGUGUAAUUAAGAAAUAAACUCUUUUUUAAUAAAAAGUCCAUGAGAACUUUGCAGGCACUUUUGCAACUAUUUAAAAACUUAAAUUAAUUUUUACUGAUAGUAACUUUAAAUUAUUAUAGAGCUAUUGAAAAACAAUCGAAUCAAUUAGUCACUAAUAAAGCUAAUGUUCACUUAUUGUACGAACUAUAUGGGCUUGAUGUCUAUUGUAAAAAGUAACAAUAUAUCUACUAUGUGUUUUAUUGUGAACAAUAAAACCAGCCAUAUUUUAAUAAUAUUUACCAUGUAAUGAAUGGUAAUUUUUUAUCCGGGACAACAGAAAUGGUUAAAAUCAUUUUUCAAUUUUAAUAUUUGUAAUAUUUGUAGUUUGUAGAAUUCAAAUUUGUAUUGAUUGAGAAGAUAGAAAAUUAAAAAUGCUAUCGAUUAGUGUAAACUUGUCAUGUGCAAAAUUAUAUUAUAUAAGGGAAGCUCGUUUUACUCUAGUGGCGCGUAUUAUACCGAUUCCCCAAUAGACCUUUCAUUUGAUGUUGAAAAUGUUAUGGCAGCCAUCUUAGAUUUGGCCGCCAUUUUGAAUUUUAUUACGAAAUCACGAUUUUUGCUGUGUUCGCAACCACCGAUUUCAAAUCUAAACUCAUCAUUAGAAAGCUGGGAAUCUAAGCUUUCCAAAACAUUAUUAUGCUUUUGGUUGAAAUCCAAGUAGGGGCGAAAAUUGUUUUUUUUUUGCAAAUAGGCACUGUGGUAGUCGAGUUCAACUCCUGGGGAUCGCAGCAAGCGAGGAGACUGACAAAAACGGACGACAGUCAUCGGUAGGCAGCAGACACGUCAUUAAUACUGAUAUAGUGUAAAGAUUGGACUUCAAUAAAGGAUUAAUAUAGAUUAGUUAGUGACUACAAGAUAUUGAUAAAUACCACAUAUUGGCGACGAAAAGUGAAUCCACGUGUGCGCGGGAAGUUGAAGUAAGUAUUUAUUCGAGGGUUUUGCCCAAAUUUUGAAAAAAAAAUAUCUCGCCUUGAAAAAGGGAGGUGCCUUUGCGGUGGAUGAAAAUCCUACCGGUGCGGGCAAGAAUACUUCGCCUUGGAAAAGGGAGGUGCCUUUGCGGUGGAUGAAAAUCCUACCGGUGCGGGCAAGAAUACUUCGCCUUGAAAAAGGGAGGUGCCUUUGCGGUGGAUGAAAAUCCUACCGGUGCGGGCAAGAAUACUUCGCCUUGAAAAAGGGAGGUGCCUUUGCGGUGGAUGAAAAUCCAACCGGUGCGGGCAAGAAUAUCUCCUUGCGGCGGGUGAAAAUCCGACCAGCAUAGGAAUAUUCAAAGUAUGGUUUUGAUCUUCCGGGCAGUACGGACUACCAAACCAAAGCGAAAAUUUUCACUUGGCGCAUUUGAUCACCAUGGCAACUUAUUAUUGCUAAGGAAACAGCUGGGAAGUAAAAGUGUUGUUCAUUUUGGUAAGGGUUCAAUGUAUAUAACACAGGUUGAAGUUACCAUAGCGACCCUGAGCGUCAUAAUAACAGUGUCAAAGGAGUAGGUGUAAUCUAUAAAAAGUUUGGUACACAAGCUGGACAAUGGAGGAUCAACUAUUUAAGAUUCCGCCUUUCGAUUGCGAAAACGUGCCCUUAUCCGAACUUCGGCAAACGUGGUUCGACCACAAAAAGCAAUUUGAGUAUGUCGCUGAGGCUCUGAGCAAAAAGAAGCGGAGGAAGCUGAAAAGCAUUUUCCUAGCUGUAGGAGGACGACAACUUCAACGUGUCUAUGAAAACUUAACUACACAUGACGACGAAGCUCCCGAAGGCGAAGAUGAAUUUAGCACGGUAAUUCGUAGGUUGGACGAAUAUUUCGCACCAAAAAGGCACGAUACUUUCGAACGUUACUCGUUUUGGACCUUGGCGCCAUCGGCCAGCAAAAACAGCUGCAAACAAAUGCCAAUUUGGUUCUACUGAGCGCGAAAGUAGAGAUGCGGCUGUAGUCGAUAAAGUGGUGAUGUUAGCCCCUCCGGAUUUGCGUCGGAAAAUUCUGGAGAAAUCCAAUAUAAAUCUAGACGAUUUGACGAAACUCGUGAAUUCGCAUUUGUCCAUUCAACAACAAGUUCGCGAACUGAACCAGCAUGCUCAAGGACUAGGAAACAUGCAAGCGAAUCGCAGUGGUGCUCUGGUGAACAAAAUCGAAGAAAAGGCCUCGAACGACCAGGCCGGUCGCUGGACCCAUGGACGAAUGACCACUGAAUGCGGCAGAUGUGGAAAUAGGCCGCACAAGCCAGAAGACGUUUGCCCGGCAAAGAAUGAGCAGUGUCGUAUUUGUAACUAUUUUGGUCACUUCGCCAAGAAAUGCAGAACGGAUCCAAAGAAAUACAAGAUGCAACCGUCAAUCCCGAAAAAGCGUAAGUUGGAAGAACCUGGCGGGCGGCAGCAUACUGAUCGUAUAAAGGUACCGAGGACCGGCGACAUUGAAGUGCAGAAGUUGGGUGUAAGAAAAGAUGUUCGAGAGAAGUCGUUCGUCUAUGCCAUUAGUGACAACCACGAUGAGAUGAUUUGGUGUAAGGUUGGACAAGUGUUGGUUAAAAUGAUGAUUGAUUCAGGCUCGAAGUUCAACAUCAUCGACGAAUCCACGUGGAAAUACUUGAAAGAAAGAAGCGCGUAUAUCACCAACGUAAAAGCUUCCGACAAACGUCUUUGUGCCUACGCUCAACGGGGAACGUUGGAAAUUCUGUGCACAUUUGAUGCCGAAAUUCGGGUGGUCGAUGGUUCUCGUAAGCCGUUGAGUGCUGAAUUUUAUGUCGUGAUAGGCGGUAAACAAAAUUUACUGGGACGAGACACUGCCAAAGAGUUAGGGGUCCUCCUGAUCGGUCUCCCUAGCACUGUUGAGGAGACGGUGCAACAUGUUGCUGACAGCCCGGUUGAAAAAUUUCCUACAAUCAAAGGGAUUAAAUUACGCAUUGAAAUCGAUGAAAGUGUUACUCCAGUGGUGCAGCACGUUCGUCGUGUUCCAAUCGCAUUGCGUCAACAAGUUGAAGACCAAAUCAAUCGUUUGUUGAGGUCCGGGAUUAUCGAGAAGGUCGAUAAACCAAGCCCAUGGGUGUCCCCGAUGGUAAUCGUCAUCAAAGAUGAUGGUAAUGUACGUUUAUGCAUUGACAUGCGACGUGCGAAUUCAGCUAUCAAAAGACAGUACCGAGUCAUCGAGAGAAAUGUAGCCCAUGUGAAGAAGAUUCCUGCUUUUGAUCUUAGCCCUGGAAUCGAAGAACUUCCAGCAAUCGAGGAUGAGCCACCCGCUUUAGAAUUUGGAUCUGUACCUCGCCCUUGUCGCCGCGUGACCCGUCCUUUGUGGCAACAAGAUUACAUCAUCCACUCUACUGAGGACGCUUAGUCUUUUGUUUUUGUGGAAAAAAGGAGAUGUGGUAGUCGAGUUCAACUCCUGGGGAUCGCAGCAAGCGAGGAGACUGACAAAAACGGACGACAGUCAUCGGUAGGCAGCAGACACGUCAUUAAUACUGAUAUAGUGUAAAGAUUGGACUUCAAUAAAGGAUUAAUAUAGAUUAGUUAGUGACUACAAGAUAUUGAUAAAUACCACAGGCACCAUAAAAUUCAUUUUUUGCAACCCGGCACUAUAAUAUUGUACUUUAUACUUGUCAUUUCGCUGAGGUAACGGCCUACUUUUCCGCACGAUACCAAACAAUUGCAUUGUGGUUCAUAAUGCAACUCAUUUCGGUUGCAUUAUGAAUCAUAAUGCAAUUGUUUGAUUGACAACCUCAGCUCAGUUUGACCUCAGUUUCCACGGCUAGUCCUUGAAAAACUGUGACGGUUAUAGCACGGCAUGCUUGAUCCAAAUUUUUGUUUCUUGCACAAUCGAGCACUUCGCGGUGGUUGAACCACCGAUGAUAUUGAUGAAAACUCAUAUUUUAAUGAAAGUUUAUCUUUCAUUGCAAAAAAAAAUUGUUUGCAACUCGUUGCACAACUCGAUUUUUACAGCACUCGUCGUAUUUAUCCAACUCGGCAAGCCUCGUUGGAUAAAUGUACAGCUCGUGCUGUAAAAAUCAUCAUUUUGCAACUCGAUACAUAAAUAACUAUUAUACUUGCCGUUUCAAUAUCCUAACGGCCUACUUUUCCGCACUACCCAACUAACAAUUGCAAGUCACAAACAAGCAAGCUUGCUGAAUUGUUGCUUAAUAAUGGUAAUGAUAGCUGAACUAAAAUUAUGCUCUACACAUUACUGUUUAAAUGGUUUUUCAAUUAAGAAAAUAGCCAAUGUUCAACUUUCCUCAUCGGUAUCAACAAUGAUAAAUUAAAACAUUUUUCAAAAGUUUAACAAGAAAUUUAUUCGACAAGCAUUGAUUCCUUAACAAAAGGGUUUAACAAAACAUUUGUCUGCAUCUUAUUAAACUGAUGUAUCGAUAAGCUUAUGCUCCUGAACAAUGUGCUUUCACUUGUCAAAUAAACGCCUUCAGCCCGUCAUAGUUUGACUCGAACUUUGUUCGGAUUAUGGGAUAAAUCAUGGCUAAAACUGUUUAGACAACCAAGUUAUUAAAGAACCAAAAUUUUAAACGAAUCACAUAAAAUAAAACAGAAUAGUAUUAUGUAGUUUAACAUUGAGUGCCAAGAGACAUAAUCAACGUAAAAAUGAGGCAUUUAUUUAUUAUUAUUAGUCUGUAACAAGAUAUCUUGUACCUUAAUUAUUAUAUUUUUUAUCUUCCGCAGCAGUUCGAUUGUACGAGACGCUUGGAUCGAUGCAUUUGGCAUUUCAGUGCUCUCGUGUUUACUAAAUAUUACUCCCACAGUCACCUAGAUAUCCAAACAGCAUUCAGAAAUCGAUACAUUUCAACCCGAGCAGGAAUGAAUAACUGCCACAUAACUAGAGCAUACCAAAGUCAGAUAUCAUACCAAGACAAGGUAUUGGUAGGUUGUCCAGGUAUUGAAAAUAACUUAUUUUGGUAUUUUGCAGGUAUUGAUGCAAUACUUCAACGAGUUAUUGGUUUGGUGUUGAGGACUGCUUGAGGUAUUAUUGAAUUAUGGAAAAAUCGCUAUUUGUAUGGGAAUAUCGCCGAUUAUUAUUUAGGUAUUGCCAUACCUAAUAUCAUUAUUCACGCGUUAUGCACAGAAUACACACCAGUUAUGAUUUUAGGUAUUUUACCUCUUAUGCAGGGCUACUUAAUACCUCAUUCAGGUUGUAGGUAUUCGGUUUUCCAUACCUGAGUUAGUUAUUCUUCAGCUAUUUUCUCCUGCUCGGGAAGUAUCCCUAAACAUCCUUAUGCACUAUUUAUUGAACAUAAUAUCAAAAUUCCAUGACAAAAGCAUAAAUAAAAAAAUGCUUAACGGAUCUUCGACUGAGCAUGAGUAGAUUACCUGAUCAGAUGCUGUGAAUGCACCAUGUCCAAGACCAUACCGCACCACA